AUGAAGGUCUUAAUCCUUGCCUGCCUGGUGGCUCUUGCCCUUGCAAGAGAGAAGGAAGAAAUCAAUGUGAUCGGCUUGGAGGCUACUGCAAAUAUAAACCAGGCUAAAGUUGAGAGGCUUACACCUGAAGCACAACAGCAAGAGGAUAUUCAACAGGAUAAAAUCAAUCCCUUUUACCAGAUACCAUUCUUCCCUGAAGCUCAGUUCAGCCCCUACGUUGUCCUUCUCAAUGCCCAGCCUCUUGCUCAGCCUUGUGCCCUGACACCUGAAACCAUGGAAGCCGACAAAGCUAAGGAAACCAUUUCUCCUAAGCACACCGAGGUGCCCUUCAUUAAAUCUCCCUUUGUGAACACUGAGGAACACCAGUACCUGACCGUCAAUAACCUGGAAAAUCCGAAUCAUCCUGCUGUGCUCCAGCAUCUUAAACAACUGCCCCCUCAGAAUAAUCUCAUGGUGUUCCCUUUCCCCCAGCCUCUGCAGCUCAAAGCUCAGCCGGUUGUCCAACAAGCUGUGCCCUAUGUGCAAAGAGAGAUGCCCUUCCAAGCCUUUCCCCACAGCCAGAAACUUGUCCUCUCUGCCUCUCACCAGCCCAGACAUGUGCCACUUAGCUUGGUUAUGGUCUAA